AUGGCCCCGUUGAUUCUUCACAGCGUACCCGAGGAGGAGCUCUACGUAGGCGACGACGGUAUCAAAAGGCCCUACGCGAUGGUUUUCCCACAGCAAGAUGGUUCGCUUCGCUCGAGGAAGAUCACGCACGAGACUGGGGCGUUUGGCAAGUCGACGCGCCGAACAAGAACCAAGACGGCCACACCCGCGAAACGAGAAGACCCCACGUCCGUAGCUGCAGAUAAGAUCUUUGGCGCCUGGGUCGCGAAUCGGACGCAGAAUGCGGCUCCAACGAGCGCGCCCACGACGGGGCAACGGAGACCAACACUCAUUCCUUCGACGUCGUCUCAAAACCUUUCACAAGCCCAAGACGAAGGCGCGGCGCCUGCGGAGUCCCGGUAUCGCAAACGGGAGCCGACCGAGCUCAUCUUGCGGGGAUACCGCUCGACCGAACAGCAAUACGCCGUCCUGAACCGCUACGAAGAGCUCGCCGGCCGGAUAUGCGAAGACUAUUCGCGCGAACCCCCUGUUGAGAGCCGUCGCUACAAGUCGGAGCUCCGCGAUCCCGCAUUUACGCGCCGGCGCCCACUGACUCCCGAGGAGCGCGCCAAGGUCAACAAGGCGGCUAACGGGGAGCACUGGGUGAAAGUGACGUUCGAGUCGGCCGAGGCAGCCGAGGCCGCCAUCUUUUCCUCGCCACAAAAGAUCCUCGGCCAUCUGGUAUACGCCGAACCAUACCACGGGAUCCCACCUGUUCAAGAUGAGGCUGUCCCAGACCCGUCCACCUUUGGCAGCGGGAUACAUCGGACGUCAUCACAACAUAAACGAAACUCCCGAGUCCAGUUCGGCUUCGGCCGUCAAGCACAACAAUCGGAGGCGGUCGACCUGUCGCCGCCACGGUCACAAAUCUCUUCUUCUCUUACGGCCGACACGAUGACGGUGGACUCAACAGCGGACAGUGGCGCCUCCUCGAAUACCGUCGUCGGAAGGGCAGCCGGCGUGGGGGGGCAAGACCCGGACUUUGCUCUUCCAAGGGCGCAAGACAACCCCGACAACGAUUUCUGCAGGACUAUCCCAACCGCGCGCAGGGCCAAGCUCCUACCGAUGGAACAGGCUCUUCUACCAGCGCCUUCGUUAACGCAGCGCCUCGCCAACCAUGUUCCCUUCCUCAUGUGGUUCAGCGGCGCCAUGAUCGGGAGCGAAGUGCCGCGCACGGAGCUCGGGGAGUUUGACUGGAACAGGGCCAGCCUGUACUGGAAGUUGAUGUGGUGGUUGGAUGUUCUGCUGGGGCUAUUUGGAGGCGAGAUUCGGGAUGCGGAUAAGGACGACUGA